CCUGACCGAAUCACCUAAAACACAUACACAAUCCACGAUGCUCGCCCUCUUCUCCCUGCGCAGGUCUCUCCAGCAUCCUCAGCCCCGUCCCCCGCGGGACUGAGCGCAGCCUUGUUCCCUCCGUUGACUCACCCUUCACCACGCACACGGCGCCCAGCUACAGCCACUGCCUUCCUGCCCGCCCUCUUGCUGUGCCGUGCUGUGCUGUGCUGUGCUCGCUCACGCCCCAUUCACUGCGGGGCCCCGUCUCUCCUUUGCACGUCGCUGCUGCCUCGCCUAGUGGUGCUGCCCUGAGCUCGCGGCCGGCCACCUGCGUCGCUCGUUAGGUUUCUUGAGGUACCUCGGCCAAUAUGGCGACCGCCCAGCAGCUCUCCAUGCAGUCACGCACCGGCCGCACGAAUCAGCGGUACGGCUCCCAAGGCGAGCGGCUCGUCGCCGGCAUUGUUCCGCUUUCUUCCGACAAAUACUACGUGCUUCUCAUCCAGUCCACCCGGCGCGGCGGCUGGGUUCUCCCCAAGGGCGGCUGGGAGACAGACGAAGCCACCGCCCAGGAUGCCGCCAAACGCGAAGCCUGGGAGGAGGCCGGCAUCAUCGUCAAAGUGAACUACGACCUGGGUCUUAUCGCCGAGCGGCGGAGACCCGACCAGCUCACCGCUCAGGCCCCCAAGGCCUCAUAUCAUUUCUUCGAAGCGACCGUCGAGAGGCAAGAGGCCCAGUGGCCAGAGAUGCACAAGCGCUCGCGACAGUGGUUUACCUACCAGCAGGCCCGACAGGCCUUGGCGGACAGGCCCGAGUUGCUUGACGCGCUCGAUCGAUGUACGAUGCACCGGUAGGAGAAGGAGUCGGUGCUCGAUGUUAGUACCACGGGUGGUUUCCUCAACCGCACGGAGAUGCAUCCAUUUCGUUGGGCGGCCGAUUUUUCUAUUCAUGUAAUGCAUGCGACACAGGUUCACUAAAAGUCAGAGGUCAUAGACAAGGGAUGGGUUUUGAUUUGCACAAUGGGCGUCGGAGGCUGUGCUCGACUAUUAGAGGGCAGGCAUGUGUGUAGGUUUUCAGCAUACCGAAGUCGAGACAUCAACUCGCAGAAUGAAGGCUAGCCGAUGCCAUUGAUCGCAU